AUGCGUUUCACCACCAUCGCUGCUCUGGGCCUUGCCGGUACUGCCUUUGCCCUUCCCAACCCUCAUAAACCUCGCGAACAUCUUCCUAAUCACUCCAUCAGCGGAGCCGAGGUCACAGGCACCCCAACACCAAGCCACAAACUGAACCCUGUUGGCUCCAAGACUACCGCGGUAGGAGCUUCCGGCAAUGAGGGCACCUACUUCAAGCUUCUCGCAGAACUGGAGUCCAAUAUUUCAAGGGAUAACUCAGCCGCUGCAACCGACCAGGCAGCCGGACAAGCACGCAUUGACAAGCUGAGAGAUGACUUCCUCGCAUUUCAAUCUGCCGAAAAUGCGUGGUGGUCUGCUUCCGUUGCAUAUGAGACUCCUGCCUCUGGUGAGCACCAAUCCUUGGGUGCUAUCCACCACGGCGAACCCAAGGAGACCGGAUCUGCUGUCGCUGGUGAGAAACCCACUGGUACCCACCACGGUCACCAUAGUGGAUUUGGUGGACCUGAGAAGACUCCUUCUGCUGGCCAUGGUGAGCACAAGCCAUCGGGUGAUGUCCACCACGGUGGACAUAGCGAACCUGAGAAGACUCCUUCUCCUUUCGCUGACGAGAAGCCCUCCGGUAUUCACAUUGGAUCCCCGGUUAAGGAGACUGCGGCUGCUACUAUCAAGGGUGGACAUGAAACUCCCCCUGCUGGUGAACACAAGCCCUCGGGUGGUCCCCACCACGGUAAGCCUAAGGAGUCCUCUGGUGCCAAAGUCACCGAUAAUGUCUCCAUUAAACCUCUGGAGACUCCCUCUGCUACUAUCAAGGGUGGACCUGAGACUCCCAUUGCCUAA